AUGACCUCAGAGUUCGCCGUAGUGGUUGCGUCCAUCGUCUUGCUCCUCGUGGGGCUUCUGCUACACGUCGGAGACUCUGCACCGGGCAGACCUUCUGUUUCUGAGAUCUGUGCCCAGCAGAAGCCCUUGGUUUGGAAUCACGGACUUCGCCAUGCUGAAUCAUUUAGUCCGGAGUCGAGAGACAGACUCCUCAAAUGCUUUGGAACCACUGCAGCAAACGGACAGCGGAAAGAUGCAGUGAUGGACGGUUUGCGCUUGGAAGCUCUCCAAGCAAUACUUCCCAAGGGCACGCCCAGGGACAAGCUGAGCCAGACGGCAUGCGUUCUCAUGAUGGCGCCCACGGAUGGAACCAGCGAGAUCGUCAAGAGGAAGGCGAUCAUGAUGAGCUGCGUACAGAAAGAGCUGUCGGCGAAAGGAAUUGACACGCCAAGCUUGGACAUCAGGGCCAUUCAGAUGAAGUGCCUCAAGUGCGCGUUCCCCAAGGCAAGCGACGCGGAGGCCGUGAACCUCUACAAAGACGUGAUGCAGAAAUUUGAGAAGAUGGAAGCCGAGGCCCUGCGCGUCAGUUCAGAGCUCGAGGCAGCAAUGCGCUUCACUUUGGACGAUGGACCGACCCUGGAGAUGAAUGGCGCAGCUCGAACCACCUGUCUUGCUCAAAUGGCUCCCGGGGUAAAGGCCUCACAGUACCUGGAGCUCGUGACGUCACUCAUGAAGAAGGGAGACCUCAACACCAAGAAAAAGAUCGACGUGUGCACCUACAAAAACUCACUAAGAGGAAAGUGGGUUCAAGCGAGGCAAAUUAUGAUUCAAGAGUGCGCUCUUGAAGCCAAGAAGAAACUCCCCGCCCAGCUACAGAACGACCUCAGCUUCCUCUACGCCUUGCACCUUAACAACACGGCGCUGAAAACAUACCUGACCUGUGCUGAAAACGAAGAAGACACAAUUGUUGACGGGCCCACCGGUCCCACCGGAUACGUGGAUGUCUACUGCACGUCCCACGGGAGGGCGCCCCGAAAGUGCCCGCAGUGCGCCUCAGAGAUCUACACCACAGUCGACGCUGGAAAAGUGGAAAGCACGGUGGAUGCAUGCUACAGCAAAAAGGAAAAAUCGCAUCCCUUAUACAAAGAAUAUGCGGCUUACUUGGAGAAAGUUCAACAGAAGACGGAAGCGAUCGAGAAAUGCGUCUACGAAGUAAUCGGACAAAAACGCAGUCAGGCAGCCGUUAUGAAACCCAAGACCUCCGCCGCCAGCGCAAACCCCCGAAAAACGCGCCCGACAAAAGGGUGA